AGCGACGUCAGUGUUUGUGUGCGGUUGGGGGAAAAAUGGCGGAGGCUGCGGCAGUUCCUCCGCAUCGGUUUUUCUGUCACUGUUGUAAGGGCGAAGUAAGCCCCAAACUCCCGGAGUACAUCUGUCCCAGAUGCGACUCUGGAUUCAUAGAGGAGGUGACAGAAGAUUCCAGUCUCUUGGACAACACUUCAAAUGGCCUUGAUGACACAGCAUCACAGUUCGCAGAGCUCUGGCAGCUCUUGUUUGUGGACCGGCCGUUCACAGUGGACCUGGACAGUCCUGACUCGGAGCCACGGGUCCCGGGAGGUGGCGGAGGCCUGGGGCUGGGAGGAGGACCGUUCGGCGGAUCCGUCCCCGGAGGCCUCAGCGGAGGCCUGGGGGGGCCUUUGGGAGGAGAGCACUGGGGGCGUCCCACUCGCCUGCACAAUCCGAGGAGACUCCGAUCCAGAGGAAGCAGCCGGCCAGAUCGCUCUCCUGCCGUAGAGGGAAUAGUACAACAGUUUCUUGCUGGGCUUUUCGCUAAUUCAGGGGUUCCAGGUUCCCCACCACUCUCAUGGACGGGCAUGCUGCACUCGAACCCUGGAGACUACGCCUGGGGGCAGGGAGGCCUGGAUGCAGUUAUUACACAGUUACUGGGUCAGUUUGAGAACACGGGUCCUCCUCCUGCUGAGAAAGAGAAAAUCAUUUCCCUCCCCACAGUCAUUGUUUCUCAGGAACAAGUUGACAGCAGUUUGGAGUGUCCUGUGUGUAAGGACGACUACACAGUCGGAGAGCCAGUCAGGCAGCUGCCCUGUAACCACUUCUUUCACAGCGACUGUAUCGUGCCCUGGCUAGAACUGCAUGACACGUGUCCGGUUUGCAGGAAGAGCCUGAGUGGAGAGGACAGUGGUAGUCAGCCCCCAUCAGAGUCCUCUGUAAACCCAGAACCCCGCACACAGGAGAGAUGGUCGUUCUGAGACAUACACACAUGCUUUACUUCAUUCGUCUGUCUAACACACGCAACACUUGUCGCGUGAGGAUUGCCAGCGUCCAGCAUUCCUGUCUUAACGCCAGCCUCUCUCUCUCUCUCGCUGUUCUCUUCUGAUCUUAGCACACUCGUAUGGUUUACUCUGGUUUGUUUACUGUUUUACUUCCAUUGUGGCCUGACCCAGACCUGUGUUUGUUUGUACAUUUCUGCUUUUACUACAUCGCCCCAGAGGUGUGUGGGUUUCUUUCUUUUGGGAGGUUUGUUUCUCCUCUGUAUUUAAUUACACUCUCAUAUUGUCUGUUCUAACUAUCAGCUGGCUUUGGAGACUCCACAUGGCCACCACUUUCACCACACUGGUGUAAAACUACACGGACCCUUCGUGCAGAAUGAUUCUGAUUUCCAUAAAUUGUUCUAAUCUACAUAAGGCUGAAACGAUCGUCUUUUUUCAAAGGGAACAACAGGAUGAACUGGUGAUCGCAAAAACAGGUGAAACGUAUGGUAUGUGGACACAUUUUGGACAUGCAUGUAAUUGCUGGAAUACGGUGUGCAUAUAAGUAGUAAAUAGAAAAUGUUUUUGGCAAAUUCGCAGCUUAUUACUUUACUUAAUGUUCUCAUGAUAAUCACUGCUUUAGGAAAACGGCUAAUUAUUGAUCAAAUAACCUGUAAUUAGUGUCAAUAGUUCUUCACUGGUUUGAUUACUUUUAGGCACGGUGUUGGCUGUUUCAAAAUGUAUUAGAUCAUUUUCUUUUCUGAUGGACGAGGUAAGAAAAUGGUGAAACCAAAGUAACAAUUGUGUUUUUAACGGUACAGGUUUGUGUAAUAAGUCUCCUAUGUUAUUUAGCCUCUAAUUUUCUAAAACAGUGAUUAUUAUAGAGGUAACAUGAGGAUGUUGUUUCCAAAUUACAUUUCUAUCUACUGCUAAUACAUUAGCUAUCAAAAUGUUUGAUACUUAUGCUAAAGUUUUACCAUGUGCAUUAAUAAAGUAGUAAAAUAGCCUAAAAGAUUAAAACCAAACACCUCAAUGCCAGAGUGUAGUUAAGCUUAAUUACUGUUUGCAUUUCAGAAGGAAUCUGCUCAAACCAUAAUCAGUGUAUCAAAUCACGGUUUACUGUAGUGAAUAGUAACACCACCAUAAGUAGUGUACUCCUCUGGCAUAGAGAUGCCGUGUGCUUCUGAUACCAAGCCUGACGAACAUUAUGUUGCUGACACAGGCCAGAUCAUUCCUGUAAACAAGAUACAACUCAUCUUUUAAAAAUCAAAUAAACAUCACCAAUAUGCAUUCAUAAAGCUCGCUCAGUUACUCUGAUAUCUGGAUCAGAAAUGUGGGAAGGAACAGAUUACCACAACUUUAAUUGACAUACUACAAAAUUUUACAAUUUAAAACACUGUACAUCCGCCUCUACUGGAGCUCGUCACUGCAGUAGUCAUCUCUAGUCAUACUCUCUAUUUUGUUUUCAGUGGUCAGUCUCUGGGAAGGUGGGCCACAAGUAUAAAUGCUUUAGUUUUAAAAGUACUGUUUCUGAACAGCCUCGCCCCUGCCUAUCCGAGGCUUUAUUACCAUGUCUGCUUCAUUCUAAACCCCCUUACCUUUUCAGUUACACUUUUACACUUUAGUAAACCUGUUCAUAGGAUCAUGCAGUCUUGUCUCCGAGUCUCUUUUCUUCCACACUCCCUCUCGUCUCUAAGCGUUUUUCCCUGGUGUAAAUAUCACAAGCCCACCUGGUUUCUGUUCUAUUCUCACAUUCAUUUGUAUCACUUUUUUUUUGUAAAUAAUUUUAGUUUAAAUGCUCCUUCAAAAUAAAAAAAGCAAAUUAAUAUUGCACAUAAAAAGAAAUUAUGAAUCCCUGAAUAUUAAAAUAUAUAUUAUAUA